GGCUAGUUUUGAGUGAGUUUUGAUGUGUUGUUUGCGCUGAAAAACCUGUGACCAAAAGCGCUGCCGGUGCUUGAAAAGCACUACCGCUGCCAAACGCAACGCCUGGGCCUUCCACAGCAAGCAUUUAUCGCGUGCAGCAACAGCCAACCGGCAGCCGCCAGCGCUGCUGGUCUAGAAAGCAAAGCCAGCCACUGCAGCACCGAUGAUCAAACGCAUCGCAUUGCUCGCAGCAGCCGCGUGCGGCAUCUCAAUGCCGCGCAACAUGCUGCCACGAAGAGUUAAAAGGGAAGAGACGCUCCCGCUGCACCGCGCCGUCGCGAUAAGAGGAGGAGGCGACGCGCAGGACGUCGCGGCGCGCGCGCUCGGCUACUGUAUCGGCGCCGGCAGCACGAUUCUGUUCGCGCCCAUCGUCUACACGCUCGCAACCCAAAAGUCCGCCGACGGUUUAUCGUUGUCGACGUUCACCCUGUCGCUCUGCGGCUACUCGUGCAGUGCGGCGUACAACUUCAAGAAGGGCCACGCUAUUUCAACAUACGUCGAGAGCGUCUUGCUGGCGGUCCAGUGCGCGGUGAUUUCCUUCGUCUGUGCCGUGCUCAAGGGCAUCGCCGUCGAACGCGUCCUAUUGGGAUCAAUAGCGUACGUCGGCGCGGCCCUCUUGCUAUUACUGGGCAGCCCGCCACCAAGGUUAUUGGCCGUCCUCCAGGUCUGGGCGACGUCGCUCCUCCUGGUCUCGUUGAUACCGCAGCUCUACCUCAACUACUCGCGGAAGGAGCCGGGCCAGUACUCGCCCGUCACUGCUGGUCUGUCUGUAUUAGGCAACUCGAUCCGCAUCUUCACGACCCUCACGCUCACGAAGGAUCCCCUGCUGCUUUUGGGGUUCGCGCUCGGGUUCAGUCUGAACGCGACGCUGCUGGGGCAGAUAAUGUUCUACACGUAAACAAAAC